AUGAACUGCUUCGGCAUCAUCCUGUUGUUGUUCCUUUUGCUAAUAACUGCAGCCAUUAGGAGAAAAGAAAAAAAUGGUUCAUCGCUAUUCAACAAAAAAAGAAAUUGUUUUAUGUUAUUUUCAUUAUUUUUCUUUCGGAAAAAUAGUAGUGAUAAUGAAAAUAUGAUUUUUAAAAAAAUAAAGUUCAUUCAUAGUGCGAACAAAAUUCUUUAUAUAAAUGUAAAGCAUAGAAUUAACUACAAAGUUAAGGGGACAAGCAGCAAAUACGCCGUUACGCAUAGUAGCCGUGGAAAUAGUGUUAGCGGUAGUAGUAGCAAAAGCAGAAGCAGUAGCAAAAGCAGAAGCAGUAGUAGUAGCAGAAGCAGUAAUAGCAGUAGCAGAAGCAGUAGUAGUAGCAGAAGCAGUAGUAGUAGCAGAAGCAGUAGUAGUAGCAGAAGCAGUAGUAGCAGUAGCAGUAGCAGAAGCAGUAGUAGUAGCAGAAUCAGUAGCAGAAUCAGUAGCAGAAUCAGUAGCAGAAUCAGUAGUAGUAGACGCAGUAGUGGUAGACGCAGCAGUUGUAGUAGCGCCGGUAAUUCAUUCCGUGAGCAUUGUUACCAUAACACGUACUGCACCUGUGUGAAUACAAAAAUGAUCGAAAGCGAGUACUUGAGUUACCUGAAAAAUUAUAUUGUGGACGAAGAAGAGCUGAUACGCGUGCAAUCGAAUGGCAAAGGUGUGCAUGGAAAUGAAGAGAACAAUUAUAAGGAGGUAGAUGAAAUUGAAAAGAUGAUUAGCAACACGAUAAGAAAAAAUGAAAAGGAGCUGUUUGAUUUUUUGAAUAGUGUCAAUGAAAAAUAUAAUUUGAAAAGUACUCUGAGGGUUGUUGGUGGAUGGGUAAGAGACAAAUAUUUAAAAAUUAGUAAUGACGAUAUUGAUAUUACAGUGGAUAAUAUGAAAGGGUCGGAUUUCUGUAAUUAUAUAAAAGAAUAUAUAAAAGAAAAAGAAAACAAAAAUUUUAAUUUUGGAAUAAUAAAAAUAAAUUCAGAUCAAUCAAAACAUUUAGAAACUUCAAGUUUUAAUCUUUUUAAUUUUCAAGUAGAUAUUGUAAACUUAAGGAGUGAAAAAUAUUCAGAGGAUAGUAGGAUCCCAGAGAUUGCUAUUGGCACACCAGAAGAAGAUGCACUAAGGAGGGACUUUACAAUUAAUUCUUUAUUUUAUAAUUUAGAUAACAAAAGAGUAGAAGAUUUUACUAAAAAAGGGAUAUUUCAUUUAAAAAAUAAAAUUAUUUGUACCCCGUUAAAUGCGUUAACGACAUUUCUUGAUGACCCAUUAAGAGUUAUUAGAUGUAUAAGAUUCUGUGGUUAUUUUAAUUUGUAUAUAGAAAAAAAUAUUUUUAAUGUUUUAAAAAAUGAAGACAUCAAAAAAUCGUUUAAUAAAAAAAUUUCAAAAGGUAGACUUUCUUUGGAAAUAUUGAAAAUAUUUUCUUCAAAAUGUAAAAAUAUUAUUCUCUCUUUAGCCUUAUUGAAUUAUAGUUCUUAUUCAUCUCAAAUUUUUAAGUUACCACCAGAGUAUUUUAUUAAAAAUGAGGAGGCGUUUGAAAAGGUUAAGAAUUGGGACAAGAUAAAUCGAGGGAGCAUCAUCCAUUCGGCUGGUAGUGGUCGUGAUGGCGGAAAUGGUAUUAACAUCAUCAGCAAUGGUGGUAGUGGUAAUAGUAGCUUUAACAGUUGCCCAACGGGUAUGAAUAAAAAAAUUAACGUUGGAUUAGCUGACGCUGGAACGUAUAGGAAUGUUUUACAGAAUGACCAUCUCAUUGGAGAAAAGACGAUGUAUGAUGAUAUGAGUAAUUCGAAGAGGAGCAAUAAUAAUGAAGAACAACUUCUCCUUUUUGGAUUGCAAAAUAAGGUAAAUGGUAUUUCCAAAAAAAUGCGUAUUAACAAGUUAGGCAAUUUAACAAACAAAACAGCGGAUAGACUUGAUAAUGAAGGAGUGGAAAAAAAAAGGUGCGAUGAAGCCAGGUGGCAAUUUCAAGGCUUAAAUUAUAUAAAAUUUUUUAAAGACAUUGAAAAGAAUAAUUUGUUAAAAGAGAUAUUCUUUGAGCUAAAUUAUAAAGAAAAUUUAAAUUAUAUACACUUAUGCUUAUUCUUUUUGCCUUUAAAAAAUCAUUUUUCGUACAUAAAAAAAAAAACGAAAACAGAGUAUGUAAUUGAGUAUAUAAUUCGUGAAUCAUUAAAAUUCCCUUUAAAAUAUUCGAAAUUUUGUGUACAUAUUUUUGAAGGAUUUAUGCAUAUAUAUAAUUUAUAUAAAAAUAUGAACGUUCAUAAUUUUUUGAAAAAUUGUAAUCAUGAUAAAAAAAAUAAUCUACAUAGCACAGGUGAUAUUGUUUUGUUUUUAAAAAAUGUUGGGGAAAAAUGGGAUUUGUUACUAUUCAUUUUUUUUAUAUUUCAUAAAUAUAAUGAAAUAAAUAAAAAUUAUAUAACUUGUUUAUCAGAUGAUAUUUUUCUCUCAGAUUUUGUUAAAAUAUUAUAUCAAUAUAUUUUAACGAACGGCUUACAAAAUGCCUAUAAUAUGAAACCCUUUUUAAAAUGGCCAGACAUUAAGCACAACUUUCCGCAAAUUUCCAACUCUCGAAUUGGCGAGGUCUACGAGCAGAUAAUUCGAUUUACGUGUAUCCACGGGGAAAAUGAAAAAGACUGCAUAGAAUUUUUGAAACAAUAUUUUAAGAAAACAUCCUAA